ACUUGCUAAGAUCUUUUAACAAAUUAAUUAGAAGAAUGGAAUGACAAAAUAAUACUAAAUAAUCAAUUUAAAUUAUAAUUUUGAAACGUAGUGAAACAGUUUUGAAAGUGUGCAUAGGCUCCAGGAAGUUGUACUAUCGGUUUGCUUUCAAGUUUCAAUGCAUAAUAGAUACCUUGACUCAAAGUCUCAAGCUAUGUUUGUUAUUAUAAUGUUAACAUAGAUACCAAAGAGUCAUAAUAGAUAUGGAGUUUUUUAAUGUUUAUUGAAGUUAUUAUGCUGCUGGUUUAUUUUAUUUUAUUUUGAUUUUUUAUAUGAUUUUGAGCUAAACUCAAUCUCAGUCAUUCCAAAUUUCUUGUAAUUUGCCAUCAUUUGGGCUGGUGCAUCCUACUUUGAGUAGAAUAAGGGAUUUAAUCCUGUGUAUUAGAUCAUUUUACCAUGGUGGUCUUAUAAGUUAUAAUUCUUUACCAUUCUGAUUUUGAUUGUAAAACUUGUGGAUAUUUGAGUAUUGGCACUUUUUAUGGCUUCAUUUUCUAUAAUUUUUGUUGUCUAUACCCUGAACCUGAUUAUGUCCCUUGCUGUUGUGAAAAACUUCUUAAAUUAUAUUACAUUUAAGUGAUAGUAUUCAUGAGAUGAGCAUAAUUUGAGACAUUAAUUUGAUGGUUAGGUUAGUGAUUUCUUUCCCUCUUUUUUGAAAUAAUUAGGCUAAGGAUGUCCAAAUUACUGCCAUUUCUUUCUCUCUUUUUUUUUUCCCCCAUAGAUGUUACCUUUUUAUAUAUUUUUUCCCUCUCACCAGUGGCUUUGCAGAUGUAUUCGAUGUCAAUUACUUUAUUCAACAGAUGAAUGGUUUUGUCAAAGUUGUCAGAGAAUUGCCGCCAGAGAUUUCAUCAAAGGAACCCUUUCCAGUAGAUUGUAGUAAACGGAAAGGUCAAUUUGAUUACAUUGAAAGUAUUCUGCCAUCCUUGUUGGAACAUCGAUAUAUUUCAUUCACACCAGCAAUGAGCCAAAGAAGGGAUAGGUACCCUCAGUAUGCCAAAGCCGCCCUGUGUCAAGCCUGUUACAGUGCACUACAUCUCACUAAAACCCUGCAGAAGAAGGCUAUUCAGCUUCUGGAAGCCAUACCUAAACCUUUUCUCUCUCUUCAUCUUCGCUUCGAACCUGACAUGGUAGCUUACAGCCAGUGCCAGUAUUCCGGGCUCUCCCCCAUCUCCAUGAAAUCCAUUGAAGCAGCACGUGGAGAUAGAAAACCAUGGACUGGAGAAGCAGCUAGAAUCUGGAGAAAACGAGGAAAAUGUCCUCUCACUCCUAAUGAAACAGCUCUUAUAUUUCAAGCACUCUCUAUUCCAGCAGACACAAACAUAUAUUUGUCUGCUGGGGAUGGUCUAAUGGAAAUAGAGGGGUUUACAUCUGUUUAUAAGAAUGUUUAUACCAAGUCUGCCCUCCUCACUGGUGAGGAUUUCAAGAGCAUGCAUGGCAACACAAAAGCUGCACUGGAUUAUUACGUAUCCAUUAAUAGUGAUUCAUAUGUGGCUACAUAUUUUGGAAACAUGGAUAAGAUGGUGGCAGCAAUGCGAGCCUUUGGAGGGUUGUAUAAGACUCUUUUCUUAAGCAGAAGGGCUUUUGCAGAGUUAACUUAUGAAGGAUUGAGUGGAAAGGAACUGAUGGAAGCCUUAUGGAAGGUUCACAGAGACGAUUUUGUGGCGGGAAGGGGUUCUGCUUUGCCAGAUUGCUUUUGUGAAUUCAAGCUGUAGUUUCACCCCCCAUUUUUUCCUGUUACAUUGUGGUGGAAAUUUUGAGGUAUUCUUUUUUCAUGCGGUGUUCCGAAUCAGAAUUGCUUCAAUUCUUGUAACUUGUAGCAAGAUUGGAACCCUUUUUGUUUGGUGGGAUUGAGACCCAUCUUGUCUGAGAUUUCCUCCAAUCUUGGAAAACACUUAUAAUAUGCUUUUAAGUUCAAGUGCUAUAAUAUAAUUUUGAAUUUAUC